AUGACUUGUAUUUACAAAUAUAAUGAUACCGCUGCCACUUCUUCAACGAAUACCACUGCACCUUUAUCACAAACUGCAGCGACGCAUAUCGUCGAUAACGUUGACGUCUCCGAAGAAGAUAUCCCUUGUGGUGUCUCUACGGAAUAUAGACCAUAUAGGCCUCUCCCAAGUGUCAUCACAGAUUUCAUUGCGGAAAGCAUGUGCGGGAUCCUUGAAACCCAUCAACCACCAAGAUACCUCAGUUGGAACUUCGUACCAUUACCCGAGCUGGUAUUUUUCGUAGAAAGGGUAACCUUGAGAGCCAAGGUCGAUGUGUACACCGCGUUAGUCGCUUUAAUUCUCGUCUCUCGUCUUAAAAAACGCUUACCAAGGAACGCUCACGGUGAAUACGGCACGUGUCAUAAAAUUUUCAUCUCGGCGAUAUUGGUCGCAUCCAAGGAAUUCAUGACGAGGCAAACUUUACAGAAUAAUGAAACUGAAUCGCAACGUUUCUAUCCUUCGGCACCUGUCACAUGCCGUGCAACCUCCUCAUCGUCACCGAUCACAUCAGCAACGGAAAGCAUAUCAUCAUUAUCCUCGGAUCCAAGUUUAUGUUUGUCGGAUUCGCCCUCCGAAUUCGUUCAAUCGCUCAGCAAUAACAUCUUAUCAACCACCCCAUCAUCAACCGUGUCGUCUCUAUCAUCUUCCUCAUCAAUAUCAGAGGAUGAGAUGUUACCCGGUACUCCGCCACCAGCUUCGCCGCCUUCAACACAACAUCAUCGCGGAAAGCGUCGUCGUCAGUCGAUAAUAAAUAAAAAAUUGGCCGAAGUUUCGGGGAUCUACACCCUAGAGGAGGUCAAUCAGAUGGAAAAAUCGUUCAUAAAACUUUUGGGUUCAAAUAAUAUUUGGGUCGAUGAAAACGACGUGCGUAAUUUUCUGGAGAAAAAUAAGUACGCUUUGGGAAUUUGUGAAAGGAGCAUUGAGAGGAAUUCAUGA